GUAGGAAAGCAAAUAACGGGACGGGAUCGGCUGCCUAUAUGACUCCCGUUAUUUAUCUCCCUCCCUCUCACGCCCGUCCGCCGCUCCCCUGCACGCGCGCGCACUCUCUCCGCGGCCGCAAAGCCUCCGCCGUCGCGCCGCGCCGCGCUCCUCCGCCGCGAGCCAUGGCUUCUGGCGCGGGCGACGACGCCGGGAUGGACGCCGUCCAGAAGCGGCUCAUGUUCGAGGACGAGUGCAUUUUGGUGGAUGAACAAGACAAUGUUGUUGGCCAUGAAUCAAAAUAUAACUGCCAUCUGAUGGAAAAGAUUGAAUCUGAGAAUCUACUCCACAGGGCUUUCAGUGUAUUCCUUUUCAACUCAAAAUAUGAGCUGCUACUUCAGCAAAGGUCCGCAACAAAAGUUACAUUUCCUUUAGUUUGGACCAAUACCUGCUGCAGCCAUCCUCUGUAUCGUGAGUCUGAGCUUAUCGAGGAGAACUACCUUGGUGUUAGAAAUGCAGCACAGAGAAAGCUCUUGGAUGAGCUGGGCAUCUCAGCUGAAGAUGUCCCAGUUGACCAAUUCACGCCUCUUGGUCGGAUUCACUACAAGGCCCCAUCUGAUGGAAAAUGGGGCGAGCACGAGGUUGACUACCUGCUGUUCAUUGUCCGGGAUGUGAAGCUGCAACCGAACCCGGACGAAGUAGCCGAUGUGAAGUACGUGAACCGCGAGCAGCUCAAGGAACUCAUCCGGAAGGCAGACGCCGGCGAGGAUGGCGUGAAGCUCUCCCCCUGGUUCAGGCUGGUCGCCGACAACUUCCUCAUGGGCUGGUGGGACCACGUCGAGAAAGGCACGCUCACGGAGGCUGUCGACAUGGAGACCAUCCACAAGUUGAAGUAAGUGGCUUCCGCGCCGCCGUGGCUCCGGUGAUCUCAUCGCACUGUUGUUGUGAUGAGUGUUUACACUCCUACCGCGGAAGUGGCCUUGUAUGUCGCUAGGCUGGAAGUAUCUAUCAUUUUGGACCGACGUUAAGUGCUCCGUGGAAGAACUCUAGAUUACCUUUGGGAGGGUUUAUUCUUCUAUGCUUGUUCAGUAACCGCUUUUAGACAUUUUACUUUAACCGGUGCUUAUAUAUUGUCUGAAUAAAGUUUAGGAGGGACUUGUUCGUUGCUA